AUGACCGCAAUCCCGAUUCCCCUACCACACCAACGCUCACUCUCAUCCGCCCCAAUCGACAUGCAGUCCCCAUUCAGCUACACAGACUCAUACUCUUCCUCCUACUCCUCCUCACCAGGAAGCAUGGACUUCUUCUUCUACGGCGGUCAGCCUGUCUACGACACCCUCUGCGACGUCGACGCAACCAGUCCCUUCCCUAUGCAAGAGGUCACUCCAGAGCUCUAUGGCAUAACCAGCUCGCCCUACACCUACCAGAACCCAGUCUUCGACCGACCUUCCAUGCCCCAGAGCGCACCCAGCAGCUGUGGCAGCAGCUACAGCGGUAGCUACAGCAGCAGCUUCAACUUCCCCUCCGAAGACAUCGCUCUACCAAGCUACCCCAUCAGCGAAUAUGAAUCCAGCGCCGAUUCGCCAGCGCCGCAAAUAUCCAAGCCGGUUAAGCCCUUCGGUUGCGACCAUUGCGGAAAGUCCUUCACCCGCUUCGCAGACUUGAAACGUCAUCAGUCCAGCGUCCACUACCCCGUCUUCCGCAACUGCCCUGUUGAGCACUGCUCACGAAAGGGUAGCAAUGGCUUCCCGCGCCAGGAUCACCUCGUCGAGCACCUGCGCUCAUACCACCACCUGGACGUGCCCAAACGCGGAUCCUGCAAGCGCUCCGCGAAGCAGAUGUCAUGA